AUGGUAUUUAAAUCCUUUGAAGAUGUAGAAACCUACUACAAGGAAUAUGCAGAGCAGAAAGGCUUUGGAGUAACUAGAGUUUCGUCUGCAUUUUCGAAGAAUAAAAAGGAGAGGAGAGGUGCCACAUGGAAGUGUGAGUGUUGGGGCCCACCUGAUAUGAGGGCAAGGAGGGAGGCCAAGAAAAGGGCCAAGGCAAUGGAGUUGUGUGGCACAGGUGGUGUGGUUAACGGUGAAAUUGGAGAAGAUAUACUGCAGCGUGCCAAAAGAACAUCUAAGAAAUGUGAAUGUGGUGCCAUGUUAUAUGCCGGGAUUGAUAAUGAUGGGUUGUGGGCUAUAAGGAAGGUGAAAACCGAACAAGAUAACCAUACCCCCAAACCAAGUGAUGCUAAGUUGGUGAAGGAAUAUCGAAUGAAGAAGUAUACAUCCAAUGUAAGAAGGCAACUACUGAAUUUCUAUGAUGAAGGUGUUCCUGUAAGGCAAGCACAUGGGUGUAUAGCUACUGAGACUGGGGAGGAUAACCUUCCUAGUGUAAAGGACCUACAACAUGAAGUCUACAAGGAGAAGCGGUUGAAAAUGGAAGGUGGUGACGCAGCUGCAAUGAUGGCCUACUUUGAUAAGAUGCAAGCGGAUAAUCAGAAUUUCUAUCAUGCACACAGAUUAGAUGGUGAAGGCCGGUUGAAGGACGUACUGUGGGUUGACACUCGUAGUAGGGUUUCUUAUGAAGAAUUUGGCGACGUGGUUUUCUUUGAUGCCACUUACAUAACAAACAAGAAAUGGCUAUCAUGCAUGGGUGACAGACAACCGGGUGCAAUUUUGACAGAUCAAGCAGCGGCUAUGCGGAAGCCUCUGGCAGAAGUUAUGCCUAAUUCACGUCAUCGGUGGUGCAUUUGGCACAUAAUGAGGAAAAUCCCAGACAAGUUGGGGAGUUGUGAACACUAUGCAGAUUUUAAAAGUCCACUUAAGACCCUUAUAUAUGAAAGCUUCACCGUUGCUGAGUUUGAGCGUAGAUGA